AUGAAGAAGCCAACGAUGAUAAUAAAGCCAAUGGACAAGGAAGAGAAGCAGAAAAAGUUUCAGGAGGCCAUUGCCAAGCGUUUGAUCUCUGUUGUUGAUCCAGAAAAGGAGGGUGGCAAUAUGGAGUACAAACGCCAGUUGCAUAACUGCUCUGGAGAACGCCUGGAAAAACUAAAGACUCAGAUGUCGUACCGUCUCGACGAGGGACGCGGAGGCUGCGUCUACCGCAUUGGAGUGGAGGAUGAUGGUUGCCACUCAUUGCUCGACUACAAAGCUUGCAAGGAGACUGCCAAGACCCUAGAAUUGCUGGCACGCAGCCUCAAUGCCGUAGUGCUCGAACUAAAGAUGAUUCAAGGUGAGGUGAAGAAAAACAGCGAUGGCAAAGCUAGCAAGUUGGACGGAACACCAGUGGAAUUUGUGGUACCAUCCAUGUAUGGAAACGGUAAAGAUCAGUCGCAUAAUGACUUUGACGAUGACAAUGAGGAAAAGGUAGAGGCAGAUGGCAAUCUUCCCAAAGAGCUCAAGAUUGAUUUAGGAGUUUACACUCGAGCGGAGAUGACACUUCAGCGUAUUGAAACACAUCUUUUGGAUCCUUCCCCUGUCUCCCUCUCCAAUAUUGCUAAAGAGAAUGCGAAGGCAGACGAUGCUAGUAAUCCAAAGGAGUCUACCAAUUCGGUCGCUGAUACGUUGUCCAAGCGAAACAUUCGAGUGGCGGUUGUCGGAAACGUUGAUGCUGGAAAGAGUACCAUGAUUGGAACUCUUACAUCCUCUUUAUUGGACGAUGGCCGUGGAAGCAGCCGAACAUCCAUCAUGAAGCAUCGCCACGAGAUUGAAAGUGGUCGUACAUCUACAUCUUCCACACAUCUUAUGGGAUUCCGUUCAACUGGGCAGGCUAUCGGAGCAAAGGAUAAUGUUCGCGCCAAUCGACGAAAGACUGACGAUGAGGUUGCCAAGGAGUCCUACAGAGUCAUUUCAUUGAUGGAUCUUGCUGGACACGAAAAAUAUUUGAAAACAACCAUCCAUGGUGUUGCAUCUGGAAUGGCUGACUAUGCACUCAUUCUUGUAAAUAGUCGUCACAACCCAACACAUAUGACCCACCACCAUUUGAAUCUUUGCGUCAGCUUUGGUAUCCAUGUGAUCAUUGUCUUCACGAAAAUUGAUGGUUGUCCUGACCACGCUUUUAAGACUUCCAAGUCGGAGGUUAACAAGCUAUUGAAGGCACCCGAUAUUGGAAAGAUGCCUUUCGAGAUUAAGAGCGAAGAGGAUAUUGAGAAAGUGAUGGGAAAGAUGAAUACCUUGGCCCCGAUGAUUAGCACAUCUUGCGUGACUGGUCAGGGUAUUGACCUCUUACAGAAGCUGCUAUUCGCAUUACCCAAGCGACGAAAGCAUGAGAAGAAGGUUGAGCGCCCAUUUGAGUUUCUUGUCGAUGAUAUCUUCAAUGUGCCUGGAGUUGGAUCUGUUGUCUCUGGAUUUGUCAACGCUGGUCAGCUUGCAGUGGGAUCAAACGCCCAUGUCUAUGUUGGUCCAACUGACGAUGGCACAUUUGUAAAGACGGUCGCCAAGUCGGCUCACAUUGCACGCAUUAGCACAAAUCAUGUGACAUCUGGACAGUCCGCCUGCCUUGCAUUGGCAUUGAGCAAGGACUUGCGAAAGAAGUUGCGACGCGGAAUGGUUGUGCUCAAGGAGUCUCCCUCGUCCACAAAGGAAUUUGAAGCUGAGAUUUGCGUAUUGAAAGGAGUGGGAACCACUAUCCGAAAGUCAUACCAAGCUUAUGUUCACAUUCUGAAUGUCAGACAGAGUGCCUAUGCGCGAAAGAUUGAGAUAGUGAAGGCUGUUCCUGGUAUUCCAUCCAGUCACACUGCUCAGUAUGGGGAGGAGAACGAAGUCGUGUUGCGACCCGGUUCUCGGGCAAAGGUGCGAUUCGAAUUUGCACAGCGCCCCGAGUAUAUUCGCCCUGGUAUGCGUAUGCUCUUCCGCGAUGGUCGUGUCCGCGGUGUAGGACUAGUAACUGCUGUUCCAACAGUUGAUCCCAUUCGAUGA